GUUACUAGUUGGUCUGGCGAUUUUUCUAAAAAUGGCGGGCAAGAAAUCCGAUGCUGAAGUUGCGGCUGUUUUAAGCAAGAUCAGCAAGAGUCACUUAGAAUGUAUCAUCUGCCACGAGAGGUACAGUGAACCCAAAAUUUUGGAUUGUCUCCACAACUUUUGCGAAAGAUGUCUCGCAACAUACCAGAAGUCUACCGAAGAUCCUUCCAUCAUCAAAUGUCCUGUUUGCCGUAAGACAACGACGCUUGAUCCAGGCACGGAUGUUGUGGCCGGCCUCAAGACCAACUUCCACCUCGUGAGCAUGGUCGAAGACUUUACUCUCCAAGAGAAACUCACCCAGCCCAAGGCUAAGAAGGUGAUUUGUGAGUUGUGCACCGACCAACAAGAGGCAAAGUCCAGAUGCAUGGACUGUCAAUUCUUCAUCUGCGCAAGCUGUCAGGCUAUCCACCAACGCAUCUCUGGCAUGGCUGGUCAUGACAUCGUGGCGCUGGAAACCCUACGGUCCGGCGCAGUGGGCCUCCGGAACAAAGCUCAAGACGAACCACCUUGUGAAAAACACAGAGGAGAGAAGAAGAGGUUCUACUGCCUGACAUGCAAUCAGCUGAUCUGUAGAGACUGCACCGUUGUUGAACACCGUGAUCCCGCUCAUAACUUCACUACCGUGGACGAGGCUGCUGCUCGAGCUAAGGAAAACACAAGAGAGCUGAUUCAAAAGGUCGAGGUGAAUUUAAAGGUUUUUGAGGAAGCAAGCGCGGAGUUAACUAAGAUUAACACCGAUCUGCAGAAGGCGAUGGUCUUAGCUCGUGAGGAAGUGACCAACAAAGCAGCUGAAGAAAGAAGCAAGAUUGUGCAAAGAGAAGCGAACAUUUCCAAUGAUAUCUCCAAACGACAGAAUAUUCAUACAAAGUUAUUGUCCCAAGCCGGGAUCAAGAUCCCCAGUGAGACAAAACCCGAGGCGUUGACACCCGUCAAGAAUGUGAACGAGCAGAUUUAUUCAAAAACAAUUGAGGAGAAGUUGGAUAACUUCGACAGCUCUCUCAAUGCGUUUGGCAACACUGUUGAAUCCUUGCUUAAAACACAUGAUACACUCGAGGACUUAAGAAGCAGUUUAACAUCAGCGGCUGCUCAGGAAAUUGACGCAGACAAGUCCAAAGUGGCCAACAGUUUGGAGAAUCUUUUGAAGUCUAUCGAACUUAGAAAAUCCAAGAUCGAAGAAGUUGGUAAAAUGACGAGCGAUGACGUCCUGCAUAUGCGUCAGACCCUGGAGACGGCUUCAGACGCUGUGAAGUCGAGCUCCAACGUGGAUUUUCUUAAUCUCCACCUUGUCGUCGACAGCCAUCUGCGUGUUCUUCUUGCCCAGAGCCCCCGCAGGCUACCCGUCGAAUACUCGAAGAUGGUGUUCCAGAGUAGCGAUGACACGGCACUCGGUGAGCUGAUUCUGGGAGCAACUUGGAAGUUUGUGUGGGAGAUCAAGACCAAUACCGAUUGUCAUGAAGAAUGUUAUUGGAAUGAAUAUGGAGGUUAUGAAUCUACAGGUUAUGAAAGAGAUACCGGUGCCAACAUAAUCAGUAGGGCUGCAGCUUCCUCGAAUGAUGAAAUCCUCGUUUCUUCUUCAUAUAGUGUCAAGGUCUUUCUUAAUACUGGGGGUCUACAGCGAUAUAUCGAUGAACACCACGGCAUGGAUUUCGUAGCAACACUUAUAGACAGCGGAAAUGCCUCUUGCACAACAGUUUUGGUAUACGAUACGUAUGUGGUUCUUUACUCAAACUCUAAUGUAACGUUGCAAGAACACGCCGUCCCUGCUUCCAUCGUGCAAGAUGGCUCAAACAUCCGCCUUGGUCAGCCUGUCAAAGUGGUACACUACAGGAAUCAAGAAAUCGUCAUAAGCUACUCUAACUGGCAAGGGAUUGUCAUUCUCGACACGUCCAACGGUUCCAUGGUCCGCAAGAUACCAGUUGAUAUUAAACCUGAUUUCCUUGCAUGUACCAGCAGAGGGCGCAUCCUAGUCGCUUCAAGGAAGCCAGCUCGUGUCGAGUGUUUGGAAGACAACGAUGCCAGGUCUUUGACCAUUCACCCAACCGUGGCAAGAUCGACGACGGACGGUGAGAAAGAAGCUUCAGUCAUCUGCUCUGGCCUUUGUCGUGACAGCCGGGACAUCAUCUACGUGGCUGUAUCAAUAGAGGGCGCUCAGGAGAUCCACAUUCACCAGUACACUUCAUGUGGAAGCUUCGUUGGGUGUUUGACAAGUGGUAACAUCUCCCAGCCUGUCAUCGACAUCGGGGUGACUGGGAAUGGCACACUUGUGGUCGCUGAGCGAAACAGUCAGAAAUUGAAGUUGUUUAAAACGCUGAAGGAGGAGGUUACAGUAUACCUUUAUCACGGUGUAUAGUCAUCUUGAUUUUACUCCAUUCCCACUCAUUGUAACCAAACUGAGGCUAGACGAAAUAAUAGUCUGGUGCCAUGCGCAAUGAAUGUUGGCAUCCAUUACUCCUAUUGAAAACAGGGAACAUGAACAAGACAGCGUGAUAAAGGUAUAUAGACCUUUCUUUUGUUGAUAAACAAACCGCCUCG